AUGACGGUUUUGAAGACAUUCACUUUUGUCCUUCAGCUUGUUGGUAUCAUCAGUCUGCCAACGCAGAGAAGAUUCAAAGUUUUAGGGCCAGAAGAUGAGCAGUGGCUCCAAGUGGUUCAGCACACUCAAGAUAACGACGCCCACAGCGACAUUACUAUUCCUUUGCGUGACAGCCGUCAAUACCAUGUAAACUUUGCAUCAAAGGGGAGACCUACCCGUGACGUAACACCGGACGAGCUAAGGCCAUACCCACUGAACCGAGGCUCAACACGUGAAGAACAUAUGCCUUGCUCCAGUGUCCGUGACACCACAAGGAAAGAACCUCCCCCUUGCUCGCAUGUACAUGAUUCCAACUAUGAAGAAACUUACACUUGCUCACAUACACAUGGCUCCACCCCUUCCUCAACAACACAUCCCCCACAUACCCCUUGUAAGCAGAGCAACGACACAACGUAUACAACGCUUUCCAGUGACAACACGGAUAGCAGUGACAAUACAGUUGCUACUGAUAGCACACUCACUGGUGACAGCACACUGACCAGUGACAGCACGGUAUCCAGCGACAGUACAUUUACGAGUGACAGCACUGUAUCCAGCGAUGGUACAUUUACCAGUGACAGCACGGUAUCCAUCGACAGCACAGUAUCCAGCGAUAGUACAUUUACCAGUGAUAGCACAGUAUCCAGCGAUAGUACAUUUACCAGUGACAGCACGGUAUCCAGCGACAGUACAUUUACGAGUGACAGCACUGUAUCCAGCGACAGUACAUUUAUCAGUGACAGCACGGUAUUCAGCGACAGUACAUUUACGAGUGACAGCACUGUAUCCAGUGACAUCACGGGAUCCAGCGACAACACAUUUACCAGUGACAGCACAGAAUCCAGCGACAGCACAGUAUCCAGCGAUAGUACAUUUACCAGUGACAUCACGGUAUCCAGUGACAGCACAUUUACCAGUGAUAGCACAGUAUCCAGUGAUAGUACAUUUAUCAGUGACAGCACGGUUACCAGUGACAGCACGUUUACCAGUGAUAGCACAGUAUCCAGCGAUAGUACAUUUACGAGUGAAAACACCCUAUCCAGUGACAGUACUUUUACGAGUGACAUCACGGUAUCCAGCGACAACACAUUAACCAGUGACAGCAUAGAAUCCAGCGAUAGUACAUUUACCAGUGACAGCACGGUAUCCAGCGACAGUACAUUUACCAGUGACAUCAUGGUAUCCAGCGACAGCACAGUAUCCAGCGAUAGUACAUUUACCAGUGACAUCACGGUAUCCAGCGACAAAACAUUUACCAGUGACAGCACUGUAUCCAGCGACAAAACAUUUACCAGUGACAGCACUGUAUCCAGCGACAGUACAUUUAUCAGUGACAGCACGGUAUUCAGCGACAGUACAUUUGCGAGUGACAGCACUGUAUCCAGCGACAGUACAUUUACUAGUGACAGCACGGUAUCCAGCGAUAGUACAUUUACGAGUGACAGCACAGUAUCCAGCGACAGUACAUUUACCAGUGACAGCACAGAAUCCCGCGAUAGUACAUUUACCAGUGACAUUACGGUAUCCAGCGACAGCACAGUAUCCAGCGAUAGUACAUUUACCAGUGACAGCACGUUUACCAGUGAUAGCACAGUAUCCAGUGACAGCACAGUAUCCAGCGAUAGUACAUUUACCAGUGACAGCACGUUUACCAGUGAUAGCACAGUAUCCAGUGACAUCACGGUAUCCAACGACAACACAGUGACCAGCGAUAGUACAUUUACCAGUGACAUCACGGUAUCCAGCGACAGUACAUUUACCAGUGACAGCACAGAAUCCAGCGAUAGUACAUUUACCAGUGACAUUACGGUAUCCAGCGACAGCACAGUAUCCAGCGAUAGUACAUUUACCAGUGACAGCACGUUUACCAGUGACAGCACUGUAUCCAGCGACAGUACAUUUAUCAGUGACAGCACAGAAUCCAGCGAUAGUACAUUUACCAGUGACAUCACGGUAUCCAGCGACAGCACAGUAUCCAGCGAUAGUACAUUUACCAGUGACAGCACGUUUACCAGUGAUAGCACAGUAUCCAGUGACAUCACGGUAUCCAACGACAACACAGUGACCAGCGAUAGUAUAUUUACCAGUGACAGCACUGUAUCCAGCGACAGUACAUUAAUCAGUGACAGCACGGUAUCCAGCGAUAGUACAUUUACCAGUGACAGCACUUUUACGAGUGACAUCACGGUAUCCAGCAACAACACAUUUACCAGUGACAGCACAGAAUCCAGCGAUAGUACAUUUACCAGUGACAGCACGGUAUCCAGCGACAGCGGAGUAUCCAGCGAUAGUACAUUUACAAGUGAUAGCACAGUAUCCAGCGAUAGUACAUUUACCAGUGACAGCACGGUAUCCAGCGACAGCACAGUAUCCAGCGAUAGUACAUUUACCAGUGACAUCACGGUAUCCAGUGACAGCACAUUUACCAGUGAUAGCACAGUAUCCAGUGAUAGUACAUUUAUCAGUGACAGCACGGUUACCAGUGACAGCACGUUUACCAGUGAUAGCACAGUAUCCAGCGAUAGUACAUUUACGAGUGACAGCACCCUAUCCAGUGACAGUACUUUUACGAGUGACAUCACGGUAUCCAGCGACAACACAUUUACCAGUGACAGCACAGAAUCCAGCGAUAGUACAUUUACCAGUGACAUCACGGUAUCCAACGACAGCACAGUAUCCAGCGAUAGUACAUUUACCAGUGACAGCACGUUUACCAGUGAUAGCACAGAAUCCAGCGAUAGUACAUUUACCAGUGACAGCACAUUAUCCAGCGAUAGUACAUUUAUGAGUGACAGCACGGUAUUCAGCGACAGUACAUUUACUAGUGACAGCACGGUAUCCAGCGAUAGUACAUUUACGAGUGACAGCACUGUAUCCAGUGACAUCACAUUUACCAGUGACAGCACAGAAUCCAGCGAUAGUACAUUUACCAGUGACAUCACGGUAUCCAGCGACAGCACAGUAUCCAGCGAUAGUACAUUUACCAGUGACAGCACGUUUACCAGUGAUAGCACAGUAUCCAGUGACAGCACAGAAUCCAGCGAUAGUACAUUUACCAGUGACAGCACGGUAUCCAGCGACAGCACAGUAUCCAGCGAUAGUACAUUUACCAGUGAUAGCACAGUAUCCAGCGAUAGUACAUUUACCAGUGACAGCACGGUAUCCAGGGACAGUACAUUUACGAGUGACAGCACUGUAUCCAGCGACAGUACAUUUAUCAGUGACAGCACGGUAUUCAGCGACAGUACAUUUACGAGUGACAGCACUGUAUCCAGUGACAUCACGGGAUCCAGCGACAACACAUUUACCAGUGACAGCACAGAAUCCAGCGACAGCACAGUAUCCAGCGAUAGUACAUUUACCAGUGACAUCACGGUAUCCAGUGACAGCACAUUUACCAGUGAUAGCACAGUAUCCAGUGAUAGUACAUUUAUCAGUGACAGCACGGUUACCAGUGACAGCACGUUUACCAGUGAUAGCACAGUAUCCAGCGAUAGUACAUUUACGAGUGACAGCACCCUAUCCAGUGACAGUACUUUUACGAGUGACAUCACGGUAUCCAGCGACAACACAUUAACCAGUGACAGCAUAGAAUCCAGCGAUAGUACAUUUACCAGUGACAGCACGGUAUCCAGCGACAGUACAUUUACCAGUGACAUCAUGGUAUCCAGCGACAGCACAGUAUCCAGCGAUAGUACAUUUACCAGUGACAUCACGGUAUCCAGCGACAAAACAUUUACCAGUGACAGCACUGUAUCCAGCGACAGUACAUUUAUCAGUGACAGCACGGUAUUCAGCGACAGUACAUUUGCGAGUGACAGCACUGUAUCCAGCGACAGUACAUUUACUAGUGACAGCACGGUAUCCAGCGAUAGUACAUUUACGAGUGACAGCACAGUAUCCAGCGACAGUACAUUUACCAGUGACAGCACAGAAUCCCGCGAUAGUACAUUUACCAGUGACAUUACGGUAUCCAGCGACAGCACAGUAUCCAGCGAUAGUACAUUUACCAGUGACAGCACUGACAUUACGGUAUCCAGCGACAGCACAGUAUCCAGCGAUAGUACAUUUACCAGUGACAGCACGUUUACCAGUGACAGCACUGUAUCCAGCGACAGUACAUUUAUCAGUGACAGCACAGAAUCCAGCGAUAGUACAUUUACCAGUGACAUCACGGUAUCCAGCGACAGCACAGUAUCCAGCGAUAGUACAUUUACCAGUGACAGCACGUUUACCAGUGAUAGCACAGUAUCCAGUGACAUCACGGUAUCCAACGACAACACAGUGACCAGCGAUAGUAUAUUUACCAGUGACAGCACUGUAUCCAGCGACAGUACAUUAAUCAGUGACAGCACGGUAUCCAGCGAUAGUACAUUUACCAGUGACAGCACUUUUACGAGUGACAUCACGGUAUCCAGCAACAACACAUUUACCAGUGACAGCACAGAAUCCAGCGAUAGUACAUUUACCAGUGACAGCACGGUAUCCAGCGACAGCGGAGUAUCCAGCGAUAGUACAUUUACAAGUGAUAGCACAGUAUCCAGCGACAGCACGGUAUCCAGCGACAGCACAGUAUCCAGCGAUAGUACAUUUACCAGUGACAUCACGGUAUCCAGUGACAGCACAUUUACCAGUGAUAGCACAGUAUCCAGUGAUAGUACAUUUAUCAGUGACAGCACGGUUACCAGUGACAGCACGUUUACCAGUGAUAGCACAGUAUCCAGCGAUAGUACAUUUACGAGUGACAGCACCCUAUCCAGUGACAGUACUUUUACGAGUGACAUCACGGUAUCCAGCGACAACACAUUUACCAGUGACAGCACAGAAUCCAGCGAUAGUACAUUUACCAGUGACAUCACGGUAUCCAACGACAGCACAGUAUCCAGCGAUAGUACAUUUACCAGUGACAGCACGUUUACCAGUGAUAGCACAGAAUCCAGCGAUAGUACAUUUACCAGUGACAGCACAUUAUCCAGCGAUAGUACAUUUAUGAGUGACAGCACGGUAUUCAGCGACAGUACAUUUACUAGUGACAGCAUGGUAUCCAGCGAUAGUACAUUUACGAGUGACAGCACUGUAUCCAGUGACAUCACAUUUACCAGUGACAGCACAGAAUCCAGCGAUAGUACAUUUACCAGUGACAGCACGGUAUCCAGCGACAGCACAGUAUCCAGCGAUAGUACAUUUACCAGUGAUAGCACAGUAUCCAGCGAUAGUACAUUUACCAGUGACAGCACGGUAUCCAGGGACAGUACAUUUACGAGUGACAGCACUGUAUCCAGCGACAGUACAUUUAUCAGUGACAGCACGGUAUUCAGCGACAGUACAUUUACGAGUGACAGCACUGUAUCCAGUGACAUCACGGGAUCCAGCGACAACACAUUUACCAGUGACAGCACAGAAUCCAGCGACAGCACAGUGUCCAGCGAUAGUACAUUUACCAGUGACAUCACGGUAUCCAACGACAGCACAGUAUCCAGCGAUAGUACAUUUACCAGUGACAGCACGUUUACCAGUGAUAGCACAGAAUCCAGCGAUAGUACAUUUACCAGUGACAGCACAUUAUCCAGCGAUAGUACAUUUAUGAGUGACAGCACGGUAUUCAGCGACAGUACAUUUACUAGUGACAGCAUGGUAUCCAGCGAUAGUACAUUUACGAGUGACAGCACUGUAUCCAGUGACAGCACAGAAUCCAGCGAUAGUACAUUUACCAGUGACAGCACGGUAUCCAGCGACAGCACAGUAUCCAGCGAUAGUACAUUUACCAGUGAUAGCACAGUAUCCAGCGAUAGUACAUUUACCAGUGACAGCACGGUAUCCAGGGACAGUACAUUUACGAGUGACAGCACUGUAUCCAGCGACAGUACAUUUUUCAGUGACAGCACGGUAUUCAGCGACAGUACAUUUACGAGUGACAGCACUGUAUCCAGUGACAUCACGGGAUCCAGCGACAACACAUUUACCAGUGACAGCACAGAAUCCAGCGACAGCACAGUAUCCAGCGAUAGUACAUUUACCAGUGACAUCACGGUAUCCAGUGACAGCACAUUUACAAGUGAUAGCACAGUAUCCAGUGAUAGUACAUUUAUCAGUGACAGCACGGUUACCAGUGACAGCACGUUUACCAGUGAUAGCACAGUAUCCAGCGAUAGUACAUUUACGAGUGACAGCACCCUAUCCAGUGACAGUACUUUUACGAGUGACAUUACGGUAUCCAGCGACAACACAUUAACCAGUGACAGCAUAGAAUCCAGCGUUAGUACAUUUACCAGUGACAGCACGGUAUCCAGCGACAGUACAUUUACCAGUGACAUCAUGGUAUCCAGCGACAGCACAGUAUCCAGCGACAGUACAUUUACCAGUGACAUCACGGUAUCCAGCGACAACACAUUUACCAGUGACAGCACUGUAUCCAGCGACAGUACAUUUAUCAGUGACAGCACGGUAUUCAGCGACAGUACAUUUGCGAGUGACAGCACUGUAUCCAGCGACAGUACAUUUACUAGUGACAGCACGGUAUCCAGCGAUAGUACAUUUACGAGUGACAGCACAGUAUCCAGCGACAGUACGGUAUCCAGCGACAGCACAGUAUCCAGCGAUAGUACAUUUACCAGUGACAGCACGUUUACCAGUGACAGCACUGUAUCCAGCGACAGUACAUUUAUCAGUGACAGCACAGAAUCCAGCGAUAGUACAUUUACCAGUGACAUCACGGUAUCCAGCGACAGCACAGUAUCCAGCGAUAGUACAUUUACCAGUGACAGCACGUUUACCAGUGAUAGCACAGUAUCCAGUGACAUCACGGUAUCCAACGACAACACAGUGACCAGCGAUAGUAUAUUUACCAGUGACAGCACUGUAUCCAGCGACAGUACAUUAAUCAGUGACAGCACGGUAUCCAGCGAUAGUACAUUUACCAGUGACAUUACGGUAUCCAGCGACAGCACAGUAUCCAGCGAUAGUACAUUUACCAGUGACAGCACGUUUACCAGUGAUAGCACAGUAUCCAGUGACAUCACGGUAUCCAACGACAACACAGUGACCAGCGAUAGUACAUUUACCAGUGACAUCACGGUAUCCAGCGACAGUACAUUUACCAGUGACAGCACAGAAUCCAGCGAUAGUACAUUUACCAGUGACAUUACGGUAUCCAGCGACAGCACAGUAUCCAGCGAUAGUACAUUUACCAGUGACAGCACGUUUACCAGUGACAGCACUGUAUCCAGCGACAGUACAUUUAUCAGUGACAGCACAGAAUCCAGCGAUAGUACAUUUACCAGUGACAUCACGGUAUCCAGCGACAGCACAGUAUCCAGCGAUAGUACAUUUACCAGUGACAGCACGUUUACCAGUGAUAGCACAGUAUCCAGUGACAUCACGGUAUCCAACGACAACACAGUGACCAGCGAUAGUAUAUUUACCAGUGACAGCACUGUAUCCAGCGACAGUACAUUAAUCAGUGACAGCACGGUAUCCAGCGAUAGUACAUUUACCAGUGACAGCACUUUUACGAGUGACAUCACGGUAUCCAGCAACAACACAUUUACCAGUGACAGCACAGAAUCCAGCGAUAGUACAUUUACCAGUGACAGCACGGUAUCCAGCGACAGCGGAGUAUCCAGCGAUAGUACAUUUACAAGUGAUAGCACAGUAUCCAGCGACAGCAUGGUAUCCAGCGACAGCACAUUAUCCAGCGAUAGUACAUUUACCAGUGACAUCACGGUAUCCAGUGACAGCACAUUUACCAGUGAUAGCACAGUAUCCAGUGAUAGUACAUUUAUCAGUGACAGCACGGUUACCAGUGACAGCACGUUUACCAGUGAUAGCACAGUAUCCAGCGAUAGUACAUUUACGAGUGACAGCACCCUAUCCAGUGACAGUACUUUUACGAGUGACAUCACGGUAUCCAGCGACAACACAUUUACCAGUGACAGCACAGAAUCCAGCGAUAGUACAUUUACCAGUGACAUCACGGUAUCCAACGACAGCACAGUAUCCAGCGAUAGUACAUUUACCAGUGACAGCACGUUUACCAGUGAUAGCACAGAAUCCAGCGAUAGUACAUUUACCAGUGACAGCACAUUAUCCAGCGAUAGUACAUUUAUGAGUGACAGCACGGUAUUCAGCGACAGUACAUUUACUAGUGACAGCACGGUAUCCAGCGAUAGUACAUUUACGAGUGACAGCACUGUAUCCAGUGACAUCACAUUUACCAGUGACAGCACAGAAUCCAGCGAUAGUACAUUUACCAGUGACAUCACGGUAUCCAGCGACAGCACAGUAUCCAGCGAUAGUACAUUUACCAGUGACAGCACGUUUACCAGUGAUAGCACAGUAUCCAGUGACAUCACGGUAUCCAACGACAACACAUUGACCAGCGAUAGCACAUUUACCAGUGACAUCACGGUAUCCAGCGACAGUACAUUUACCAGUGACAUCAUUUUAUCCAGCGACAGUACAUUUACGAGUGACAGCACUGUAUCCAGCGACAGUACAUUUAUCAGUGACAGCACAGAAUCCAGCGAUAGUACAUUUACCAGUGAAAUCACGGUAUCCAGCGACAGUACAUUUACCAGUGACAGCACUGUAUCCAGCGACAGUACAUUUAUCAGUGACAGCACAGAAUCCAGCGAUAGUACAUUUACCAGUGACAUCACGGUAUCCAGUGACAGCACAUUUACCAGUGAUAGCACAGUAUCCAGUGAUAGCACGGUUACCAGUGACAGCACGGUAUCCAGCGACAGUACAUUUACCAGUGACAUCAUGGUAUCCAGUGACAGCACAGUAUCCAGCGAUAGUACAUUUACCAGUGACAUCACGGUAUCCAGCGACAGUACAUUUACCAGUGACAUCAUGGUAUCUAGCGACAGCACAGUAUCCAGCGAUAGUACAUUUACCAGUGACAUCACGGUAUCCAGCGACAACACAUUUACCAGUGACAGCACUGUAUCCAGCGACAGUACAUUUAUCAGUGACAGCACGGUAUCCAGCGAUAGUACAUUUACUAGUGACAGCACAGUAUCCAGCGACAGUACAUUUACCAAAUCCAGCGAUAGUACAUUUACCAGUGACAGCACGGUAUCCAGCGACAGCACAGUAUCCAGCGAUAGUACAUUUACCAGUGAUAGCACAGUAUCCAGCGAUAGUACAUUUACCAGUGACAGCACGGUAUCCAGGGACAGUACAUUUACGAGUGACAGCACUGUAUCCAGCGACAGUACAUUUAUCAGUGACAGCACGGUAUUCAGCGACAGUACAUUUACGAGUGACAGCACUGUAUCCAGUGACAUCACGGGAUCCAGCGACAACACAUUUACCAGUGACAGCACAGAAUCCAGCGACAGCACAGUGUCCAGCGAUAGUACAUUUACCAGUGACAUCACGGUAUCCAACGACAGCACAGUAUCCAGCGAUAGUACAUUUACCAGUGACAGCACGUUUACCAGUGAUAGCACAGAAUCCAGCGAUAGUACAUUUACCAGUGACAGCACAUUAUCCAGCGAUAGUACAUUUAUGAGUGACAGCACGGUAUUCAGCGACAGUACAUUUACUAGUGACAGCACGGUAUCCAGCGAUAGUACAUUUACGAGUGACAGCACUGUAUCCAGUGACAUCACAUUUACCAGUGACAGCACAGAAUCCAGCGAUAGUACAUUUACCAGUGACAUCACGGUAUCCAGCGACAGCACAGUAUCCAGCGAUAGUACAUUUACCAGUGACAGCACGUUUACCAGUGAUAGCACAGUAUCCAGUGACAGCACAGAAUCCAGCGAUAGUACAUUUACCAGUGACAGCACGGUAUCCAGCGACAGCACAGUAUCCAGCGAUAGUACAUUUACCAGUGAUAGCACAGUAUCCAGCGAUAGUACAUUUACCAGUGACAGCACGGUAUCCAGGGACAGUACAUUUACGAGUGACAGCACUGUAUCCAGCGACAGUACAUUUAUCAGUGACAGCACGGUAUUCAGCGACAGUACAUUUACGAGUGACAGCACUGUAUCCAGUGACAUCACGGGAUCCAGCGACAACACAUUUACCAGUGACAGCACAGAAUCCAGCGACAGCACAGUGUCCAGCGAUAGUACAUUUACCAGUGACAUCACGGUAUCCAACGACAGCACAGUAUCCAGCGAUAGUACAUUUACCAGUGACAGCACGUUUACCAGUGAUAGCACAGAAUCCAGCGAUAGUACAUUUACCAGUGACAGCACAUUAUCCAGCGAUAGUACAUUUAUGAGUGACAGCACGGUAUUCAGCGACAGUACAUUUACUAGUGACAGCACGGUAUCCAGCGAUAGUACAUUUACGAGUGACAGCACUGUAUCCAGUGACAUCACAUUUACCAGUGACAGCACAGAAUCCAGCGAUAGUACAUUUACCAGUGACAUCACGGUAUCCAGCGACAGCACAGUAUCCAGCGAUAGUACAUUUACCAGUGACAGCACGUUUACCAGUGAUAGCACAGUAUCCAGUGACAUCACGGUAUCCAACGACAACACAUUGACCAGCGAUAGCACAUUUACCAGUGACAUCACGGUAUCCAGCCGACAACACAGUGACCAGCGACACGACAGCACAGUAUCCAGCGAUAGUAUAUCUACCAGUGACAGCACGUUUACCAGUGAUAGCACAGUAUCCAGUGACAUCACGGUAUCCAACGACAACACACGACAGCACUGUAUCCAGCGACAUGAUAGCACAGUAUCCAGCGACAGUACAUUUACUAGUGACAGCACGGUAUCCAGCGAUAGUACAUUUACAAGUGACAGCACUGUAUCCAGUGACAUCACAUUUACCAGUGACAGCACAGAAUCCAGCGAUAGUACAUUUACCAGUGUCAUCACGGUAUCCAGCGAUAGUACAUUUACCAGUGACAGCACGUUUACCAGUGAUAGCACAGAAUCCAGCGAUAGUACAUUUACCAGUGACAGCACGUUUACCAGUGAUAGCACAGUAUCCAGCGAUAGUACAUUUAUCAGUGACAGCACGGUUACCAGUGACAGCACGUUUACCAGUGAUAGCACAGUAUCCAGCGAUAGUACAUUUACGAGUGACAGCACCCUAUCCAGUGACAGUACUUUUACGAGUGACAUCACGGUAUCCAGCGACAACACAUUAACCAGUGACAGCAUAGAAUCCAGCGAUAGUACAUUUACCAGUGACAGCACGGUAUCCAGCGACAGUACAUUUACCAGUGACAUCAUGGUAUCCAGCGACAGCACAGUAUCCAGCGAUAGUACAUUUACCAGUGACAUCACGGUAUCCAGCGACAACACAUUUACCAGUGACAGCACUGUAUCCAGCGACAGUACAUUCAUCAGUGACAGCACGGUAUUCAGCGACAGUACAUUUGCGAGUGACAGCACUGUAUCCAGCGACAGUACAUUUACUAGUGACAGCACGGUAUCCAGCGAUAGUACAUUUACGAGUGACAGCACAGUAUCCAGCGACAGUACAUUUACCAGUGACAUCAUGGUAUCCAGCGACAACACAGUGACCAGCGAUAGUACAUUUACCAGUGACAUCACGGUAUCCAGCGACAGUACAUUUACCAGUGACAGCACAGAAUCCAGCGAUAGUACAUUUAACAGUGACAUCACGGUAUCCAGCGACUGCACAGUAUCCAGCGAUAGUACAUUUACCAGUGACAGCACGUUUACCAGUGAUAGCACAGUAUCCAGUGACAUCACGGUAUCCAACGACAACACAGUGACCAGCGAUAGUACAUUUACCAGUGACAUCACGGUAUCCAGCGACAGUACAUUUACCAGUGACAUCAUUGUAUCCAGCGACAGUACAUUUACGAGUGACAGCACUGUAUCCAGCGACAGUACAUUUAUCAGUGACAGCACAGAAUCCAGCGAUAGUACAUUUACCAGUGACAUCACGGUAUCCAGUGACAGCACAUUUACCAGUGAUAGCACAGUAUCCAGUGAUAGUACAUUUACCAGUGACAGCACAGAAUCCAGCGAUAGUACAUUUAACAGUGACAUCACGGUAUCCAGCGACAGCACAGUAUCCAGCGAUAGUACAUUUACCAGUGACAGCACAGUAUCCAGCGACAGUACAUUUACCAGUGACAUCAUGGUAUCCAGCAACAACACAGUGACCAGCGAUAGUACAUUUACCAGUGACAUCACGGUAUCCAGCGACAGUACAUUUACCAGUGACAUCAUUGUAUCCAGCGACAGUACAUUUACGAGUGACAGCACUGUAUCCAGCGACAGUACAUUUAUCAGUGACAGCACAGAAUCCAGCGAUAGUACAUUUACCAGUGACAUCACGGUAUCCAGCGACAGCACAGUAUCCAGCGAUAGUACAUUUACCAGUGACAGCACCGACAGCACAGUAUCCAGCGAUAGUACAUUUACCAGUGACAGCAAAUUUACCAGUGAUAGCACAGUAUCCAGUGACAGCACGGUAUCCAGCGAUAGUACAUUUACGAGUGACAGCACUUUUACGAGUGACAUCACGGUAUCCAGCAACAACACAUUUACCAGUGACAGCACAGAAUCUAGCGAUAGUACAUUUACCAGUGACAGCACAUUAUCCAGCGACAGUACAUUUAUGAGUGACAGCACGGUAUUCAGCGACAGUACAUUUACUAGUGACAGCACGGUAUCCAGCGAUAGUACAUUUACGAGUGACAGCACUGUAUCCAGUGACAUCACAUUUACCAGUGACAGCACAGAAUCCAGCGAUAGUACAUUUACCAGUGACAUCACGGUAUCCAGCGACAGCACAGUAUCCAGCGAUAGUACAUUUACCAGUGACAGCACGGUAUCCAGCGACAGUACAUUCACGAGUGACAGCACGGUAUCCAGCGACAGUACAUUUACGAGUGACAGCACUGUAUCCAGCGACAGUACAUUUAUCAGUGACAGCACGGUAUUCAGCGACAGUACAUUUACGAGUGACAGCACUGUAUCCAGUGACAUCACGGGAUCCAGCGACAACAAAUUUACCAGUGACAGCACAGAAUCCAGCGACAGCACAGUAUCCAGCGAUAACCCCAUUCAGUGUGGGGUGGUUAGAAACCCUCCAGCAUCAUCACCUUCAGCAUGGGCUCCCACCAAGGCUCUGUCAACACAUGACUGCGUCUCAAGGUCUCCAACCAACCACAUUGUGAAGUACGUGGACAACACAACAGUGGGGAACCUCAUUUUGGGUGACAACGACCUGGCCUACAGACAGGAGGUGGAGUAUUUGGUGGACUGGUGCAAAGAUAACAGCUUGAUCUUGAACAAUGAUAAAACAAAACAGGUCAUUGUCAUCUUCAGGAAGAACCAGCCCAACAAUGCUCUGCUUCUCAUCAACAACACGGCCUUGGAGGUGGUCAGCAGCACCAAGUUCCUGAGAGUGCACAUUACGGAUAAACUAACCUGUUCGAUGAACACAGCGUCUCUGGUGAAGAGGGCACAGAAGCGCCUGUCCGUUCUGCGGAAGAUAAGCGUCCCACCUGCUCCACCCAUCCUCAUCACAUCGUGA